GAUUAGGAUAAUGACGCAUUCAAUGCUUUUUGGAGUUUUUCCAAUCUUGAAGAAGUGCCCAGGAACAAGGAUUUCCAAGAAGAAAAUACCUACUUGUAUGCCUUGAAGGGAGAAGAAAUGAAUCAGGAAGCUAGACAUGGACCUUUUUAUUUUGAUCUUAAUACUGGAGCUAAGAUCCCCUCUGUUGGUCUUGGAACAUGGAAAGCUCCUCCAGGUGUUGUAGGUCAAGCUGUCAUUGCCGCAGUCAAGGCUGGUUAUAGGCAUAUUGACUGUGCUAGUGUCUAUGACAAUGAGAAAGAGGUAGGAGUGGCACUGAAGGAACUAUUUUCCUCAGGGGUAGUGCAGCGUAGUGAGUUGUUUAUCACAUCUAAGCUAUGGUGUAGUUCUCAUGCUCCAGAAGACGUCUCAAAGGCUUUGAGCAAGAGUUUGGCAGAUCUACAACUGGAAUACAUUGAUCUAUAUCUUAUACAUUGGCCAAUUAGAACAAAGCCAGGCUCACAAGGGUUCGCCCCUGAAGUCAUGGCUCCCUUAUGUCUUCCAGAGACAUGGAAUGCAAUGGAGGGUCUUUAUGCAUCCGGUCAAGCACGCGCGAUUGGAGUGAGCAACUUCUCAACAAAGAAGCUGCAGGACUUGCUCACACAUGCAAAAGUUCCACCUGCAGUCGUUCAAGUGGAAUGCCACCCUGUCUGGCAGCAGCCUGCACUUCACAACUUCUGCAAAUCAACUGGCAUUCAUCUCACGGCUUAUUCUCCUCUGGGAUCUCCAGGGUCAUGGGUAAAGGGGGAAGUCUUGAAGGAACCAAUAUUGAUUGAAAUUGCUGAAAAGCUUAACAAGUCGCCAGCCCAAGUAUCUCUGCGUUGGGGUCUCCAGAGCGGCCACAGUGUCCUUCCAAAGAGUGUAAAUGAAUCUAGGAUCAAGGAGAAUUUGAGCUUAUUUGAUUGGUUCAUUCCUCCUGAACUCUUCUCAAAAUUAUCAGAAAUCCACCAGCAAAGGCUCCUCCGAGGGGAAUUUGCAAUCCACGAGACUCUCAGUCCUUACAAAGGCCUCCAAGAACUCUGGGAUGGUGAAAUAUGAUAUGACAAACACUCUUUCAAUUUUAUUUGAUCAAACAGAAACCCUGGGAUUAUUAUGCUAUUGAGUUCUCGUUUGUUAAGGAAACCAGGGUUCUCAUGUAGUAGACAUCCUUCAAAGCAUUCUUGUGUUUUGGAUUUCUUUGAACCUUUAUGAAUUCUUGUAAGACAACGCAGAGACAAAUUUCCAAUAAUGAUUCUCUGUUAUUCAAUCAUUUAUUUA